UCUCCUCCGGCUACACGCGAGCUAGCUUUAGCAUCGGUGUCCUAUGUCACGCAGGAUCAACUCGCCCAAGAACCGGACUCAACCCCAAGGCUGCAUGCAGGCAGGCCUUCGCCUGCCACGCCGUCACUGUUCAAUUUUGAUGAAAAAGAGGAAAAAAACGGUCGACGCGCAAGCUAGCCCGUUGUAGCUUGGCUCGGCUAACAGCUGGUUAGCUCCUCGGCCGUCCGCCCGGGCGUAAGGCGAGGGAGACGACGAACACCUUCUAUGACUAAUGACAGCCCUCCCAGCCGGAGAGAUGUACCCCCCUGCAAGGAAGGACUUCAUUUCUCUGACCCUCAGUGAUCAGCACAGCUGCACUUACAAUAAUGGCAAGCACCGCAGGCAGUCCUGUUGGAGGAAGUGGAAGCAGCUGUCUCGGCUGCAGCGGAGUCUCAUCCUCUUCCUGCUUGCUCUGUUGCUGAUAUUCAGUGUACUGUACUAUCCCAACCUCACACAGCAGAGGGGAGGCUUUUCAGACCAGGAGGACUGGCUGGAGUUGGACGACAGAGCGCUAAAGGCCAUGCCACCAGGGGUGAAACCUGUGGUGGGGCCAGCUGUCGGCAGAGCUUCAGUUCAUGCAGCGGGGCCAGAUCUGGUGCCAACUGUAGGCCAGGGGCUUAUUCCAGAUGUCAUCCCAGAGCCGCAGAGACCAAAAGACCCCAUCCUACCUGACCCCACUAUUAAGAAAAGACCAUUGCCAAACAAGAGAGGCCCGCCGACCCUGCAGAAACGGGGGAAUGUAUCAGAGGAUGUGGGGAGGGAGAACCCCAAGCAGACCACAGUUAAGGCCGAAGAGAGAGAGGAGGAGAAUGGAGAGAAGAAGAUUGUCAGCUGGCGUGGCGCAAUGAUAGAAGCAGACCAGGCCACAGAACCUCUACCGUCUGCCAAUGAGAGAGAAGCUGCAGGGCCCCCUUUGUCCGCCAACCCUGAAGAUGCUGUCCCACCGGCAACAGUUGGAUCUAUGAACAAACUGGAGGCAGUACGAGAGGCCUUCAGACAUGCAUGGAAGGGGUAUAAGGACUAUGCCUGGGGUCAUGAUGAGCUCAAGCCCAUCUCCAAAUCAUUUGGCGAGUGGUUUGGCCUGGGCCUGACUCUCGUUGACUCGCUGGACACCAUGUGGAUUCUGGGGCUGAAAGAAGAGUUUCAGGAAGCACGAAAUUGGGUGGAGAAAGAGCUGUCCUUCUCUAAGAAUGUGGAUGUGAACCUUUUCGAGAGCACCAUCCGUAUCCUAGGGGGUCUGCUCAGUGCUUACCACCUAUCAGGAGACCAACUCUUCUUAGAGAAGGCUAAAGACAUAGGGUCCAGAUUGAUGCCGGCCUUCAAAACACCUUCCAAGAUUCCUUUUUCAGACGUCAACAUUGGGAAGGGCACGGCCCACCCUCCUCGCUGGACAUCGGACAGCACCCUCGCUGAAGUCACAAGCAUCCAGCUGGAGUUCAGAGAGCUCAGCCGCCUCACACAGGACCCAGAAUACCAGGAGGUGGUGAAUGAGGUAAUGAAGCUGGUGCACAAGUUGCCAGGGAAGUACGAUGGCUUGGUGCCAAUGUUUAUCAACACCAACAGUGGCCAGUUCACCCACAAAGGAGUCUUCACGCUGGGUGCGAGGGCAGACAGCUACUACGAGUACUUGCUUAAACAGUGGAUCCAGGGAGGCAAGACAGAAGACGACCUGCUAGAAGACUACAUCCAAGCAAUUGAGGGGGUGAAAAAGCACCUUUUGAGACAGACAGGGCCCAGCAGCCUAACCUUUGUUGGAGAACUGUCCCACAACCGAUUCAACCCCAAGAUGGACCACCUGGUAUGCUUCCUACCAGGGACUCUGGCUCUCGGAGCCCACAAUGGCCUCCCUGGGGAUCAUAUGGAUCUGGCUAAACAGCUGAUGGAGACCUGUCACCAGAUGUAUGCACAGAUGGAAACGGGGCUGAGCCCUGAGAUCGUCCAGUUCAACCUACAGCCCCGUGGACGUGAUGUUGAGGUCAAGCCUGCAGACAGACACAACCUGCUGCGACCAGAAACGGUGGAAAGUCUGUUCUACAUGUACAGGUUCACCAAGGACACCAAGUACAGAGACUGGGGCUGGGACAUGUUACAAAGCUUCAACAAGUACACAAAGGUAUCCAGUGGUGGCUACACUUCCAUCAACAACGUCCGGGACCCUGUGAACCCAGGACCCCGGGACAAGAUGGAGAGUUUUUUUCUGGGUGAGACUCUGAAGUACUUCUAUCUUCUCUUUUCUGAUGACACGGAGCUGCUAAGUUUGGACAAGUAUGUCUUCAACACCGAGGCCCACCCUUUCCCCAUAUGGCCGUCCCCUCCCAAGUGACACGUUGCCAUAGAAGAGUUGUCUCAAAACAGCCAUCCUGCAGAGUCCUGUGUUCAUCCAGGGUGUCUCAACAAAUCAGAGCCUCUUUCUGGAAUUGUCCGAACCAGAAUGGUGUGUUGAGAACAUUACAACUAUGCCAUCCACAGGUACUUUGGUGUGUUUCCACAUGAGGAAACUUAUUUUUGGGGUUUCUUUUGUUUGUUUGUUUUUUUUUCUAAUUGAAAGAGGUCUGAAAUAGAGCUGGUCUCUAAACAAAAUGAUUUUUUUCUUCCUUUUGUUCUGAAAGUUAAAUGUACAGAGCUGGCCAGCAAGGAAAAGUAAUUUUGCUGCUAACAACAAAACCAGAUGUGGGCCAGUGCCAUUCUGUCGUUGUGUCGGGGGAUAGUGAUGACGUCACAUUUCAGCUGGACAGGACUUACGGUAGCAGCUAUGUCCUACCCCUGGCUUUUGUUUUGCUAUGUGAGAUGAAGUUCCUUCCUACCUGUAGGUGUCACAUCUAGGUAGGGGUCUGUCACCAAAGUGGAGGGAAUGAUUCGAUAAUUAUGGUGAAUUGCAUUUUGGCGGUCUCAUCCCUUGGUUACUGUCAUUUAACUGGUCUUAAAGUGCACUAAUCAUCAGGUCCAUGGAACGUGUUCAGUGUACCGCAAACCCAGAGAGACUGCUCGGACUUCGCCUCUGUAUCUUGUCGGACCUCAUCCAGCUCACUGGUUCAGGUAGAAAACCUAAAGUGAUGUUUAUCAGUAACUAGCCAUUUAUUUGGUAAGCAUCUAGCUAGGUGGAUAUUAACACUAAAUCAAAUUAAAUUCGCCCUAAUGCACUUUUUUAUCAAACUUUGGAAAUGUGUGGGUUAACCUUACAUGAAACCGGUCAUAUUGUCCAUUAAGAAGGGGACUAUAUAAUUCCCAGUUCAUCCAUCCAUCCAUCCAUCCAUCCAUCCAUUAUCUGAACCGCUUAUCCUGCUCUCAGGGUCGUGGGGAUGCUGGAGCCUAUCCCAGCAGUCAUUGGGCAGCAGGUGGGGAGACACUCUGGACAGGCCGCCAGGCCAUAACAGGGCAAUUCCCAGUUCAUUUGCUGUGAACAUUUGGUAUGACCCUUCCAGGCCAUUUGACUUUCCCUGAACAUUUUAGAGAUAUAUUUAGACAUUGACUCCCAGAUAAAAUCCCUAGUUAACAUGUGCAUAUUUGGUCGGGUGCUGAGAGAAUGUGUGGCCAUUCGGCUUCAGAUAACCAUUACUGUUAACACGCCGGACCAGUUGAAGGAUCCCACUGUGAAAAAAAAGGGUUUGCACUUCCACUCAAGUGAAUGUGGUAAUGUGGUGCAAAACUUACUGCGUGCAGUUGAUCCCAGAUGCAGUGUUUUCUCCACAUUACUUUAUAGUUGACACUAUGGUGAUAGUUGUAAUAAGUGGCACCAAGCACAACAAACCCUGCGACGUCACUCUCCUGAACUUUCAACACUACCAAUCUCCCCAAACAUUGCAUUUGUCACUACGGCAAUAGAUAAGACUAUAGCUUUUACAUAAAAAAACAAACAUUUUGGUGUCAAUUUGAAGUAAAUCGAGCCAUUUUUGACCAUGUUUGAAAGUUAUGGUUUCAAAACACAAUUUUGACCUCGGCCAUGACCUCGGCCUAGUUACCUCAAAUCUGGUCGACCACCUCUACUGAAGGAUAUCUGUCAUUUGUUGCAGCCAAUUUCUCUGUCAAGCUGUUUAAAGACAAACAAUCAGCACCAGAAGCAAAAUUCUUUUGGGCGGGGUAAAAAUGCUGUCCUCUGGAUACUCAGUCAUAACAGAAAAAAAAUAUUUAAGCAAUUAGGUGGAUAAUUUAUGUUGCACUGCAUUUUCUUUUUCACUUGCAGUGGUUUUAGUACUGGUAGCGUUAUUGUUCUGGUGAUGGAGCACAUCUGACAGACUGGAGGAAACGAGCACACGCUGAGUUUGAAUUUUUUUUUAAAUUGCUGAGUUGAAGGCCCUGAACAGUCGUAUUUAUUUGUUUCGAUGAUGAAUGUUGGCAUUUGUACUCUGAAUUUCAUUUGUUUUCAUUUGUUAAUUUGAGAGAUGUGAGCACUUGUCGGUGAGUCGAAACCUACUGUUCAACAUAAAUGUAUGAAGGAUUCACUUAAGGCCGCCGUGCGGUCUUAAUUAUUAGAUGAAAAUAAAGCAGUUUGUCCUCACAAGA